CUGCAUCGCAAGCGCAACGCCUGGCUGCGCAUGACCUUGCAAGGUCGUGCAUCGAUCGACGAGGGCAAAUUGCUUCAAACGAGUUGUAUGGCUCAUAGGGAAACUAGUUUCUUUUUAAUCGACUUGAAAAUGUGGAGCCUCUUUCUAGUUUUUUUAUUUAUGUGUAUUUGUACCUCUACUAUUAUUUCGUGCCAUUUACAUCUGUGGCGUUGUUGUUUUAUAAUUUUUCCUUCAGGUGUUAUUCGUUAGUAAGAGGAAAACCGGUGUAUAUCGAAUUCUAUGAAUGCCUUAUCUACUGAGAAUCUCGCGCCGUCCGAACUGAAGAAGCUGAGGAAUAAACAGAGGAAAGCGAAGCGUAAAGCCGAACAAGAAAGCAUGCUGGCGGCACAAGUACAGGUGAAGAGGGAGCAACACCACAAGGCGCGGCAGCAGCAAGAGCAGGGCGACCCGGAGGCUCCACAACUAGACGAGCUGAUCCCCGAUAAAUUGGCAAGGGUAGAGGAUCCUCUAGAACAGGCGAUCAAGUUCCUGCAGCCGCUACGGACGCUCGCCGCCGAUAGGAUAGAAACACAUUUAAUGGCCUUCGAAAUAUACUUUAGGAAAGAGAAACCCCUCCUGAUGCUGCAGAGCAUAAAGCGCGCGUGGCGGUUGGAGGCCGGCCACCAUCACCUGCACGACUGCCUGGUGCGCUUCCGCGGCUGGCUCGACCAGAACCAGCUGGCGCCCGCCGUGGCAGAGGUCGUCAACAAGGAGACGCAGGAGUCGAUGCGGGGCCGCAGCGCGAAACAGAUGGCGGAGGAAUUCUUCUCGGGUCCGGCGCAGAAGUCACAGGCCGCGGCGCUGUGGGGAGCACGCGCGCUGUGCCGCCUGCUGCCCGACCGCGCCGCGCAGGCGCGGGCGCUCGCCACGCGGCUCGACCAUCCCGACCUCACCAUACAGGGUUGCGUGGAAGUCCUGGAGAGCCUGCGGGAAGACGACUUCGGAGCGUGCGCCGCCGAGACGGAGGCCUACGUGAGCGCGUGCGCGGCGCGCUUCCCGCACGCCGCCGCCUUCAAGCCGCCGCGGCCCGAGCAGCCCGAGCGGCCCGAGCAACCCGAGCGGCCCGAGCAGCCCGAGCGGCCCGAGCAGCCCGAGCGGCCCGACCACGCCGCCGCCGCGCGCCCGCCGCACGACCACAACUGAGCCGCCGCCUGCGUUCAGCCGGGAGAUCUACAAGCGUAAACAUGCUUCCAGAUUUGGCAAGCGAGCCUCGAACGCGUAUGUUUAAGAAAGGCUUCCGUAGUCAGUUAAAGUAUCGUAACAAUUGAUUUUUACAGUUAUCAAUCUAGCCUUAUAUAUAUGAUGAUGAGAUCUACCGUGUAACUGAUAAUCUUACCUUCAUAUACAAGGUGCCCACGAGGAACCAGAGUGAUUUUAACCACGCAUUUCUGAGGUCAAAAAAAGAAAAAAAUAUAGAGUUAAGGUCAAUUCCGCAAAAAAAAAAAAAUUUUUUUUUCGAUUUUUGUGUUUUGGUCAUAAAAUGUAAACGCUAUUUGUAAAACUGUAACUCGAAAAGAAUUUGAACUUUUUUUUGUAAAACCUUUUUUUUUGGCAAAGUGUUACUUGUCGCUUUUGACAUCUAACAAUAAGGAUAUUUGGACUAGGUCCCGUAGUGGCAACAUCGCCAUCAAAAAGGCGUUUUGCACUAGGUAACAAUAAAAAAAAUAUUUAUUUUGUAAGUGGCUUUAACUCUGAAAUUAGGCAAAUUCCAAAAAAAAGUUUAUAGGACAUGUUAGUCUUUAAAUAUGAUCAGGAAUAUACUGUUAAAAUCUCUCGCAAUGCUCACGGGCACCGUGUUUGUAAGCGUUGACUCGACGUCAACGGUCAAAACUCAAUUCUUACGUUACUCCGACUGGUUGAUUAAUACAAAUGACCCGCUAGUGACGCCUUCUGCAGAUGUGGACGCACCUUAACGAUCUGACCACCAAUUUGUCGCUUAAAGUUCGUAAGCAACGCGGUAGAAUGACGUGUGCGACUGCAAAAAAUUAAGAUAAAUUUACAAUACCUGCACACUCAUAACACUACGAUCGAUUUAAACGAUAAACUGAUAGUCAAAUUUCAGGUAGACGUUUGUAGAUCUCACCACUUGAUUUAUUUGGUAAAUCAUCACCUCAACAGACAAAAAAGUUUUUACUUGUAUGUUACGACGUGCCGAGAUUAUACUAGCUUUUCUUCUGACAUACUUUUUGUACUUUUUUAAUAUAAUUAACAUGGAAGAGCCGUUUGAGCGUUUUAAAAAAAACUGCCACUUUCAUUAAUUUUGUAUUUUUUCAUAAAUCUUGUUUUUUUUUCUACUUCAAAUCACGAUCUCUUUCGAUCUUAAUGGGAUAAAAAAAUAUCCCAGAGUUGUUCCUAUUGUGACAGUAACAAGAAAAAUGUAUGGAAAUUUUGGACACUUUCUCCUAUAAGGAUGAAAAGGGCUUGCGAUCCUGACUAGAAAUAACACAAGAGGCAAAAAAAGGUCGCAUAAAAAAUUGUCUAAAAAAAGAAACGCUCGUUUACCAAAUAUGUCAAGUAGGAAUGAUAGUCCGUAGUCAGUAAUAAUGGGAUAUGCGAGUGCGACGAAUACAAUAACAGGCGACGUAUGUGUUCAGACGGCUCCUAAAUUAUUGUUACAGGUUCGCUAACUGAUCUUCAAAUGUUUUAGUAAUAGAAAAAAAAAUAGUGUUGGUUAAAAGAGACCCAUUCACAUUGACAUAUAUGGUGAGCCUUACGGGCACUAAGAAUGGUGCUAGUUCAGCGGUGUCACUCACAAAUUCGAGCCAAUUGUGCAGUCUAACGCAACUAGUUGCGACCAAUCGCGCGCGUGAUGCGAACUCAUCAACCUAUCGCGUUAGACUGCACGAUUGGCUCGAAUUCGUAAGUGACACCGCUGAACUAGCACCAUUUUUAGUGCCCGUAAGGCCCGUCCUUAGAAUAUUGUCAAUGCCUAUUUAGGAUUCGUCGCUGAAACGUGUAAAAUUCUGUGUACUAUUUUAUGCUUAAACUGCGCUCAUUUCCCAAAAGGCGAGUAGAUUUACGAAAGCAUUUUUUGGUCUUUUACAAUCCCCGACUGAUCCUAAUAAAGGAAAAUUUGCAGUUUAGUGACUGCGAUGUGUUUGUUCGUUCUAAAGAAAUGUUUUAAUCAUAAUAAUACCCAAUCACAGAUAAUUAUUUAUAAAAAAAAUAUACAUAACAUAAUUUUAGGCUUCAUCGAAUUCUCUUGAUUCGAAACUGGCGUUCAUAUCAGUAAACAUCCAAAUGUCACAAAUAUCUGGACCGAAAGUUUUUGAACUCAAUUCUCACUAACAAUUUUGCUUUCGUCGCCAAUUUUUUUAGUUUUAUAUGCGAAAUUAGUCUAAAUGUGGAAGAUUGACUCUCUUACGUUGUGACACGAUUUUUGUUCCACUAAACAAAUGGUUUAACUAUAAUUGGAAACAGGCUCGGUUGUUUGCUUGAAAAUAUGUUCCUUUUCAUAGUUUUUAAGUCGUUUAGAACAUAUCACGGGCCGCCGUUAUAAGGGCGUCCUGUGAGAUAUUUUUAUUUAAUUUGUAGCGGAUUGAUUGUUUUAAAUUCCAUUUACAUGAAUUGAACUGAAGUUAAGCAAUAUUUGCAAAUAUUUUACAAUUAUGAUACCGAAUUAACUAGGAACAUAAAAUAUAUAGCAAAAUAAAAGGUCUUAUGAUGUUGAUAUGAAUGAUCGCAAGUCUAGUCCUCACGCGCCGAUGGCCUCACCAAUAGAUACAAUAACCUUUUUAUCUAAUUAGUGUAAAUUUUUCGAUAUUUAUAAUAAGUAUUUCGUAUAAAAUCUGUGUAAUCUCUAUUUUGGACUUCAUCGAUGGGUGUGGCCUCACGUGUUCAAUUCAAACAAAUGUAUUUAGGGGUUUUACUGACUGGUUUAAAAUGUGUAUAAAAUUGUGUGGCAAUUUUCGACCUCACGCAAUAUAGACUCUGAGGUAUGCUUUGUAAAUAAUUCUUAUAUUUAAGUUUGUACUAUACAAUAUCGUUAAAACUCUGCCGUCGUGCAGUUGUCGACGAAGUAUUGACUGCUGCUUGGGCGCUAGACAUUAUUUUACAUUGUUCGAAUAACACGGAAUAAAAAACGUUACUUUUGUUUCAGACAGUAUAUUUAUGUGUAAAGUUGGACAAUAAUUAAAUAAUUGGAUACACCAAAUUGUCAUUAAAUGCACACUGGUUGUGCUGAAACUUAACAUGCACAUGUUAAACAUUUAUUUGUACUCUAAUUACCACAUAAUUAAUUGUGUUAAAACAGUCACUGUUUUUCUAUUCAGUUGUGUGACUGGAGUAUUUGUACCUCUGUUCAUCGUGUACAUAAAGUAAUAAAAUUUUAUUUUACAAAAUUGAA